AUGUCUUCCCAUAGCGGCGACAGCGAGUCCGGCGACGCAAGCUCCAGCCGCACCCCCUUCUCCGCCUCCAGCUCAAAGUCCACUCGGAGACCUCCGGGCGCAUGCACACACUGCAAGUUCCUAAAGGCACGUCCGUUCUCCUUCUCCAUCCGCUCUCUCCGUCUCAUCGCGCCCACUCCCCCUAAUCAGAUUCGCUGCGAGUUCAUCCCCGAGGAAAACAUCUGCGUCCGCUGCAAGAGCGGCGGGCACGAUUGCGUCUCCCAGGGCCGCAAGAAACGCAAGGCUGCUCCCACACACGAGGACCUCCAGGAGCGCUCUUACUCGCAGGACCUCCAGAUCCAGUCACUUUUACGUCAGCUCGACGAGAUAAGAGCCCACUCCCGCACUCGCUACUGGAUCUCACAGGCUCAGGCCGAGGCGGUAGCACUUAAGCGGCAGAUGGCGCAGACUUCCAGUGGGAACCGCCCCGGCGUCUGGGACCAGCCCCCUUCGGCACAGGCAUACGAUCCCCGCUUUGUGAACGUGCAGCCCGAUGUGGUGCAUGUCGCCAGUGCACCGCGCACCAUUCCUGCCACCCACCAUGCCGCACGAUCGACGCUAGGCAAGUCGGCUCCCUCGCGUGUCUCUGCACUCCUCGUCUGA